AUGCCAUCCCUCCCGCAGUUUAAUCCGCUGCGGUUGCGCUCGUACAUCUUCCGGUUACCACUCGCGACGCGGUUACUGGUCACGGCGAUAGUAGGACUAUGGAUUGCGGCGAUACCGUUCCCUUGGCUGAGAGAGCUUGGGUCUUUGAGCCCUGACAAGUUCGACUUGACACAGAUGCACCGGCUCAAUCUAUUUCCUCUCACCCAUUUUGGCUUCUUCCACAUGUUCUUCGACGUCUUCGCCAUCACGCCUCUCCUUGAGCGCUUCGAAGCCGAAUUCGGUACCAUCGUUACAUUAUCCCUGUUCACCGGACCUUUUGGUCUGUUGCCGGGCGGCUUGUAUCUUUUGUUGGAGAAGUUCAUAUUGAGGGGCAAUACGGCAGUAAUGGGGUCGAGUGUAUGGGUUUUCCUACUCCUCGCGUCCGAGGCUAUGAAGACACAAAAGGCGAACCCCAACUUUAGCAUCGGCCCGUACAAAAUCCCCACUUGGACGACGCCCCUGAUUCUCGUCCUCAUGACCUCGUUCCUUGUCCCUAAUGUUUCCCUCCUCGGCCACCUCUGCGGUGCCGCAAUUGGGUAUGUCUGGGCAACCGGCUACAUAAAGUUCCUCGUCCCUCACGAAAAGAUUUUGCGAUGGGUUGAAACCAAGUUGAACCUACUGGGCAGGCUACCUCACUAUGUGAGCGUAGACCAGAAGACCUACGGACGCUACGGUGUAUUGCCUACGGCGGUGCCCUUAGGGUCUGUGGCAAGGGAACCAAGAAGUCCAGACGUUGGCCAAAGACUUGGUCCAUGA